CAGGGAACGAACAUUUUUAAAAACUACUGUAGAAUAAUGUAGCUGCAUCAUCAUGAAUAAGUGUGUGUUGUUUACAGCUCCCCUGACACACCCAGGUGCUGCAGCUCACUGAUAACCCAUUGCCUUCACCCUUAGAUGUCAAACACACAUUGUAUGUCAGUCCGAUGUCAGCUCAAUGCUGCACACAGACGUUUUUGUUCCUCAGGUGGAUCCUGGCUUUAGCUUCCGGGUCCAUCCCUUGGUUCACGACCUCAGUCCGUGACAGAGGCAUCGCUUAAUGUUUAGCCCAAGAUCCGCUCACACACACACACACACACACGCACACGGGUAAGCAAAGGGAUUACAAACGCACAGGGACCCAUAUGCUGCACGAGGAUGGAAGCGAGAAAGCUUAAUGCGAGGAGAGCACAAGGUCCUGGUGCAGACCUCGAGGCGCCGGCAGCACCAAGUCGUCCUCUCGCUACCGUAGCUCGUCUCUACGUGUACGCACUGCAUGGCUGCCUCUGUGAGGUGGCCUUCACUGCCUUGUUGGACUGGUGCUACACCCGCGACUGGAGGCUGGCGGGCCACAGCAGCUUGUGGGCGCUGCCCAUGUACGCCACCGCCAUCUACCUCAUAGAGGUCAUGAGAGCACGGCUGAUGGCUUGCCGCCUGGCGCUGCCGGCGCGUCUGGCGGCCUACACCGGGUUCAUCUACCUGUGGGAGUUCAGCUGCGGGGCGGGCCUGAGUUUGCUGGGGGCCUGUCCCUGGGACUACUCAGAUUACAGCUACAACCUGAGAGGCCUGGUGACUCUGGAGUACGCUUUGCCCUGGACUGUGGCGGCAUUCCUAGCUGAGCAGCACGUGAUCAAGAACACACUGAGGAUAAGACUGAACUGAUACCAGACUGGACAAGUGCGCUGCCAAAAGCAUUUAUGGUUGAUUCACAUGUUGCGAGUCCCUGUGUUGCGCCAUUAAAUCUGAAAACAUUUUUUCAGUUUUAUUUGUUUGUGUUUUCUUUCCCCUUUGAAAUUAAGAUAAGACGGAACCACCGUAUGCUAUGUUAGCGUAAUGUAACCGAUGUUAUUUCUAGGUUUAGAAAGGAAUAUUAUGGCAUUUUGGGUAAUCACUUCAUUCGCUUUAUGCUCAGUGUGAUAUGAAGGUUAAAACCAUUCUUAUGUCUGUACUUUGAUGCUAAAAUAAGCUAAUUAACUCUGUAUAAGAAAUGGAAAAAAAAAUGAAAUGAACUUUCUCCCAGAAAGAAAGUGAAUCUGUGUUUUAAAUAAAAUUUGAAUUAUUGCUUCAAA